AAAAAUUGGAUGUGAAAGAUAUGCCGGUAAUGGCAGUGAUGAUGCCUGGGAUGGGGUUCGGCGGCUUGCAAGGCGCAGGCAAGGGUGGUCCUGGGGCAAAAGGUGGCGAGGAGAAAAAGGCUGAGAAGACGGCGUUUGAUGUGAAGCUUGAAGCUUUUGAUGCUGCCUCGAAGAUCAAGGUCAUCAAGGAAGUGCGAACUUUUACGAAUUUGGGGUUGAAGGAGGCUAAGGAUUUGGUGGAGAAGGCACCAACCCUUCUGAAGAAGGGAGUCACAAAAGAGGAAGCUGAUACCAUUAUUGCCAAGAUGAAGGAGGUUGGCGCCAAAGUGUCAAUGGAGUGAGGGAUGCUGCAGAAAAUUCAAAGCUUUAUUUUCAGUCAGAGCAGUAGUUGAAGAUACAACAACGUGUCUGGAAAUUAACUUUGACAGAUGAUGAGGACAUGGGAUUGUCUGGUUUCCUUGAAAAUAUAUGGAGCAUUCUUUAGGAGAACUUUCCAUAUUUUUGCCUCGUCAUGGAAUUGUAUUGGUGGAUAGAUAUUUCUUGGUAAAACUUGCCUUUUGUAUUCAUAGAUUCCAAAUAACUAAAAUCACCACCCAUUGAAGAAGAGAGUUCUCAACAAUGGUCAAUGAGUCCUUUUAGGAAUUGGUUCUUGAUUCAUAUUGGAAGACAGUGGAAGAACAAUUCAUCAGCUUUAUUUUCCUCUCUCAAUGCAACUUUGUAAACUCAAACGUGGGUAAUGGAAGCCAAUGUUGAAUGUACUACAUGGCUAAA